CUAAAUUGGUUGCCAGGCUAUUGUACAAACACACGGGAAAAUGAUAUUGUAUAAUUAAAGGGAUACAGUGGAAUUUGGCGUUCGUUAUUUUAUAUGAGCUCGUAAAGACUGAUUCCAUUUUAUCACUGGAAACAAAGCUAUUUCAAACAAUUGCAGUCGUCAUGAUAAAAAUGAUGUGUUUGUUUGGCAGUUGACAAAUAUUGUAAAUUAAUAGUGAGUAUAGGGCAGUAAAUUGUAGUUAAAAACUGGACAUAAGUAGAAACUAAUUGAGAACAAUGAUUAAUUCAAUGACACAUGAUGUGGGUGUGGUGAUCGCAUUGUGAUCUACAUCAUUGGAACUAUUUUUUUGGUGCGCAAUAAUUCCGAGAAAAUUGGAAGAGUAACUAAGUACUGGAGAAUUGUGAAAAUAUUUGGGGUUAAAUUGAAUUGUUGCACUAUUGUCAUCGAUAUGGGAAAUUAAAAUUGUGUUCAUUGAUUCAAGAUGUUGUGCUUCAUUGUUAGUCUUGCAUGCUUUGGUUUGGUCACCGCCUCAGAAACAACGUUAAAUGCAGUCGUUGUGGGUCAUAGGGGCAAAGUGAAUAUUAAUGAAUACGUACAAAUUGCUGAAGUUCUUGGUAACGGUGAGGAUAGUUACUGCAGAAUUAACUUCACAAGUCUCGAAUACGACACCACAGAUGGAACGUCAGUAUACGAAAGCCUUAAAGAAGCAAGAAAAACAUUUGAGGAUACACACAUUGCAGUUGCAAUAGGUCCUCAAAUUGACGUUUUUACAUCAACUGAUUACGUCAUAUUACACCAGACACUUUUUGUGACGUCAUCUGAUGAGACUAUUACCGAGGCUAACCGAACAAUGCCGAUUUUACCGGAUCCUCAAACUCUGUCGAAGGGCAUUGCAGCUAUUGUAAAAUUUCUGAAAUGGCCAAAGGUUGCCUUUCUGUCGCAAGACGAUUUCUCCCCCGUUCUUGCUCUUGGUGGAAUGGGAAUAUUUGUGUCCCCAAUACGACUGCCAUCUAAUCUGUCGUCAAGCUAUGCUGAUACUGGGAAGAACAUUAAUGGUACAAAGAAUGGUAAUGGUCAUAGAGAGUACGAGAAUCCACAGCUACAGCAAACGUUGACCACAUUGAGGGAAUCACAGAUGGACACUUUUAUACUUCACUCAAUGAAAAGAGAUGUUGUGAAAACAGUUUUGCUAGCGUUCACUUAUGAUAGUUGUCUGUCUUAA